UUUGGUUUUCUCCUUCCUUUGUUCCUUUUUCCCCACAAAACCAGACCGGUCUCUCCUGUUGCUUCAGCCCAACUCUCUAAUCGCAUUACAACACGGGCGCUUCCUCCUCCCUACCUUCCUCACUCUUCAUAUCCAUCUCCGCCUGCCUCCCCACUAUUUUAUUAACCAUAAUCUCGUCAACAUUUUCAGGUCAAAACGCGCAUCAGUUUCCGAACUUGGACCUUCCCUGGCUGAUCAUCGGCCUCUAUUUUUUAACUGCGUAAUCUUUGGACGAUAUAUAGUCUCUUUCAAGAUCGGAUAAUAAUCUAAUACUCUCUAAUCGUUGCACAGUAGAGAACCCUGUUGGAGAUGGUCCUUUGACAUCUGGGAGUUAUCUGUAGCCCGUCAAAAUUGAAUUUCUGGGUCUGAUGCUCGUCCCAAUUACAUGAAAACUCGUAUCUGAUUUGUGGAUAAUUGCUGGCUUUUCAUUUUUGGAUCUAGCAUCGUCGGGAUUGAUCCACCUUGUGAGUUUUGGGGGAUGACCAUGAAGUCCGGGUCACUAGAAUACUGGAGGAAUUACUUUCGAGCUGCAAACUCUGAUAUAUUCGAUAUAAUUGACCACGCGAUCAUGGUGGCGGUUUCCGAUUGUCCGAAAGAAUUUAGAUUACGAAGAGACGGAAUUGCGGAACGUUUGUUUUCUUGUAGAUUGAAUCGUUGUGUGGGGUGUGAUCGAUUGGAGUUGGCGGUUUCCGGUGAUGAUGAGGGAGAUGGGGGUUGUAAGAGUGGUUUUGAUCGAGAUGCUACUGAAUUGGAAGCAGGAGCUAGUAAAGAAAGCAAGGUCCAUAGUAGCAGAGACGAUCAUGGAGAGAUGAACAGGAACCAAGUUGGCAAUUUUAGUUUUGGAGAAGCUGAGGCAUUGACUGAUGAGAUUGAAGAAGAAUCUCAGAUGGUUGGGGAGGUUUUGAGGAUCAAAGAGGUUCUCCAUAACAGCAAGGAAGAGCCUGACUCAGUGUUAUUCGAGUCGUUGAGGAGGCUCCAGCUGCUGGCACUGACCGUGGAUCUUCUUAAGGGAACUGAGAUUGGAAAGGCUGUCAAUCCUCUCAGGAAGCACGGAUCAAAGGAGAUUCGUCAACUUGCACGAACUCUUAUCGAUGGCUGGAAAGAAAUGGUAGAUGAAUGGGUCAAGUCCACAGCUGCUAUAGCAGGGUCAGCAGAAGGAACCCCAGAUUCAGUUGAUCCAUCAGUCGUUGAUGAAGAGGAGGGGCUUCCUUCACCUCCUAUGGAUGAAGGGGCUUUUCUUGCAGCUCCAACUGGUCCAAUGGAACUCUCACAGUUCUUUGAUGGCAUGGAUGAUGAUGGAAAUUUUCGACAAAGUGGGGAAUUCAUCAAGACUCGAGAACACAUCAGAAAACUAUCUAUGGACAGUCAAAACGUUGCAAAGAGAAAACCACAGGCUUCCAGUGAGGCCAAGGAGAGUAAUUGUCAUCAAAUGAAGAAAAAUGAGGUUGCUAUGAGACAGAGUAAACCGGUCUGCACUGAUUCUGGCCCUGGCAGGCCACCAAGGUCCAGCUUGCAGCAAAAAACCAACGCAGGACCAAAGAUGCAGCAGAAACAAGAGAAGAGUGCUAUCCCAAAAAGGCCUCUUGUUGCUCAGCAAGAUAAAUUCAAGUGUUCAGAUGAUGUUUCAGUCCAAGUGAAACUAGAAGCCACUAAGAGGAAACUUCAGGAGUCCUAUCAACAGGCUGAAAAUGCCAAGAAGCAACGAACAAUACAGGUUAUGGAGUUGCAUGAUCUUCCAAAGCAAGGGAAUGGCCACCGAAAUCCACACUUCAAGCCUGGGAAUCUCAACAAGCACUGGGCUCACGGACGAAGAUAGAAAUUUCUGUAUGCAAGAAGAGGAACUACGGUAGUUUUGCGGAAGUUUCAAGACAACGACUAACUCGUUUUGCCAUGCCGUGGCCGAAACAGAAGCAUGGCCUGCUUGACCAUCAACAAAAUACCACGUCCAUUCAGUGGCUUUUUCUUGAGUCAAAAGACAUUGAGUACAUGGAAAUUUUGUUCACCCGCGAUUGGUGCAGAGGGUCCUAACUUCGACACUCAACUGUCAACUUGUUUCUAAGAUUAUUGUCUAUAUAGAAAUCUUAGUGAAUCCACUCUUCAAUUCUAUCAUUUUAACUUUGUCAUAAAUUCAGUGGUCUUCCACUCAUAAAUAGUUUUGAGCCCAUUAUUCAACCUUUGUUUCCCU